AUGGCGACUCUGGAGUUAUACACAAAGGGUGCAGGUGUGUGGGUCCCUGACCCAGAAGCAGUUUGGGUGUCCGCCACCCUCUUAAGGGACUAUAAACCUGGAGAAGAGCAGCUGCUGCUGAAGCUCCAGAAUGGAAACGAGGUGCAUUACUUGGUCCAGUCGUCGUCUGACCUCCCCCCGCUUGGGAACCCAGACAUCCUGGAGGGGGAGAACGACUUGACAGCUCUCAGCUUCCUACAUGAGCCUGCUGUGCUGCAUAACCUCCGAGUCCGGUUUCUGGACUACAGCAGCAUCUACACAUACUGUGGUAUUGUAUUGGUGGCCAUAAAUCCCUAUGAUCAGCUCCCAAUAUAUGGUGAGGAGGUGAUAGAUGCUUACAGCGGUCAGGACAUGGCUGACAUGGAGCCUCACAUCUUCUCUGUGGCUGAGGAGGCCUACCGCACCAUGAUCAGGGAGGAGAGGAAUCAGUCCAUUAUCAUCAGUGGGGAGUCUGGCUCAGGGAAAACGGUUUCAGCCAAAUUUACCAUGCGAUACUUUGCUGUGGUUGGAGGAGCAGCUCAGCAGACCAGUGUGGAGGAGAGGGUGCUGGCCUCCAACCCCAUCAUGGAGUCCAUAGGGAAUGCUAAAACCACUCGCAAUGACAACAGCAGCCGCUUUGGGAAGUACAUAGAGAUUGGUUUUGGCAGGAAGGGGGACAUCAUCAGGGCUAAUAUGCGAACAUACCUGCUGGAGAAGUCGAGGGUUGUUUUCCAGGCAUCGUCAGAGAGAAACUACCACAUCUUCUAUCAGCUGUGUGCAGCCAGAGAACAGCCAGAAAUGAGAUCACUCAAGCUGGAGCCACCUGAAUAUUUCCGCUACACGAAGCAGGGAGGAGAGAUGCAAAUUCCUGGGACAGAUGAUCUGUCAGAUCUGGAGCGUACUCGCAAUGCUUUCACCAUUUUAGGAGUGCAGCCUGAACAACAAAUGGAGCUCUUCAGGAUCCUGUCGGCUGUUCUUCACCUUGGAAACGUCAACAUUCAAGCCAGCGGGAGAAGCUCUGACAGAAGUUACAUCGACGCAGAGGACCGCUCUCUGGCCGUCUUUUCCAAGCUGUUAGGAGUGGAGCGAGCUCAGAUGGCUCACUGGCUGUGCAGCCGCAGACUGGCGGUAGGGGGGGAGAUGUUGGUGAAGCCUAUGACUGGUCAGCAGGCUCUGGAAGCUAGGGAUGCUCUCGCUAAACACAUCUACGGUCAGCUGUUCACCUGGACGGUCCGAAGGCUCAACUCAGCCCUGCAGUCGCAGAAGGGGAAGGCUAAGUCUUUCAUAGGAGUGUUGGAUAUCUAUGGGUUUGAGACCUUUGAUCAGAACAGCUUUGAGCAAUUCUGUAUAAAUUAUGCAAAUGAAAAACUACAGCAGCAGUUUAACAGGCAUGUGUUCCACUUGGAGCAGGAGGAGUACGUCCGCGAGGAGCUGGCCUGGAAUCGGAUUGAAUUCAGCGACAACCAGGAGUGUAUCAGUCUGAUUGAAGGUCCCCUGGGAAUAUUUGACCUGUUGGAUGAGGAGUGCAGGAUGCCUAAAGGCUCUGAUGAAAACUGGGCACGAAAGCUGUACGACCAUCACCUGACCAGUAAGCCCAAUCCUCACUUCCAGAAACCCAGGAUGACAAACAACGCCUUCAUUGUUUUCCACUUUGCUGACACAGUGCAAUAUGAAUGCAGUGGCUUCCUGGACAAGAAUAGAGACACUGUGUUUGAGGAGCUUAUUAACAUUCUCAAAGCAAGUCAGUCUGAGCUGGUGGCUGAGCUGUUCCAGCAGCUGGGAGGUGCUCCGUCUGUGGCCAAUGGGAGUGUUCGCUCUGGGAAAAGAGCUUCCAGAGAGCACAAGCUCACUGUGGGCUUUCAGUUCCGUCAGUCCUUACAGAUGUUAAUGGAAACUCUGAACAGCACCACCCCUCACUAUGUUCGCUGUAUUAAACCCAACGACCUAAAAGCACCUUUUCUGUUUGACCCAAAGAGGACGGUGCAGCAGCUGAGAGCCUGUGGGGUGCUGGAGACCAUCCGUAUCAGUGCAGCAGGUUAUCCAUCCAGAUGGACAUACGAAGAGUUCUUCAGCAGGUACCGUCUUCUCCUCCGUGGAAACCAGAACCAGGACCAGGCUCAGGCCUCCUGCAGACAGGCCCUGCCUCAGCUGAUCCCAGACACAGACCAGUACUGCUUUGGAAAGACCAAAGUUUUCUUCCGAGCAGGUCAAGUGGCUGUCCUGGAGAGGCUGAGAGCUGAGAGGCUGCGUGCCGCUGCUGUGGUCAUCCAGAGCCGGGUCAAAGGCUGGUUGGCACGAAUCAGAUACAGGAGGAUCCUCUGGGCAGCUGCUACCAUCCAGAGAUACAUACGAGGAGCUAUGGCCAGGAGACUGGCUCUGACCCUGCGCUACACUAAGGCUGCCAUUGUGAUCCAAAAGACCUUCCGGAUGCUGGUGGUCAGACAGCUUUUCCUCAUGAUUCGGGAGUCCACCAUCACCAUCCAAGCCUUCACCAGAGGGACGCUGGCCCGUCGUAGAUACAAACAGCUGGUGGCAGAGAGGGCUGCAGUGAUGCUUCAGGCGAGGGUUCGUGGUUGGCUUGCGAGGCGGGCGUACCAGCGGGUGCUUGCCGCGGUGGUGUUCAUGCAGUGUUGCGUACGCCGCAAGGCCAGCAGGAGAGAGCUGCUGAGGUUGAAGGCUGAGGCUCGCUCAGUGGAGCGCUACAGGGAGCUCAACAAGGGCAUGGAGGUGAAGCUGAUGCAGCUCCAGCUGAGAGUAGACCAACAGACAAGGGAGAGUGCUGCUCUGAGAGAGACUCUCAAGGCGGAGCGAGAGGCUGCCGGUGCUGAGCUGGGCGCUCUGAGGGGGAUAAUCCAGAAACUAGAGAGCAAGAAACAGGAGAAGCCUCCUCCUUCCCCAGUCAUCAAUGAGAAGGAGAUGGAGGAAAGGAGGAGAGCAGAAGAAAAGGCGGCACAGGAGAUCCUUCGACUUAAACAGGAGUUGCAAGAAUUACAGCGAGACAAGGAAGAAGUUUGCAAGGAGAAGGAAGAUCUUACUGCUCUCCUACAUGAGAAAGAGAAAACACAAGAAGAGUUUGUGCAAAAGGCUGUACUUCAGGCCAGCGCGGCUCUACAGUCCGAACUGGAUGAGGAGAAGAUGAAGUACCAAGGGCUCCUGAGGGAGUUCAGCCGACUGGAGCAGAGAUACGACAACCUGAGGGAGAUGAACCUGCUCUCUGAGAGGGCCAUGGGACACAGAAGGACAGACUCUGCACUGAGUCUGAACUUUGAGCCUCUUUCUCCAACCUCCACUCCUCGCUCAGUAUCCCCCUUCCCAUCUGCGUUCCCUUCCCCGGAGGAGCAGCGCAGGAUCAGCGUGACGUCCCCCACUCUGGAGAGGGGGCUUUCGGUAUGCAGCUCAGAAGGACCACUGGAUCAACUGAUGGAGAAGAUGGAUGUGGCCAAAGACCCAGCUGUGAAGAAGAAAGUAGAGGACCUGGAGUAUGCCUAUGAUGCCGUACGAGUUGCCAACAAGUUUCUGGAGAGCCAGCUGCAGAAGCAGCAGAGUCAGUGGAAGGAAGAAGUCGAGGUUCUGAAGAACCAGCUCAGCCAGACGAUCUGCUCUGCUUCCUCUGCUGCAAAGAAACGGUAUCUGUGGGAGCUUCUAGAAGCCAGAGAGUUUGAGUGCAUGAGGCUGCGGAGGGAGCUGAAGGAGCUGAGAAAUAUGACUGGUCUCAGACAUCUGCUGACGCAAGUUUCUUCGUCAGCUCCGACUACAGAGACCAUCUGUCCUGCUCAGCUUAAACCAGCAGCAGUCUCUGGUUUGCUGGAGUGCAGGAAAAGAGACGAAACCAAACUCAUCAAGAACCUCAUUACAGACAUUCGACCUGAAUGCGCGCUGGAUCUGCCUCCCGGUCUACCAGCCAGCGUGAUCUUCCUCUGUAUCCGUCAGGCCGACUGCAGUGGAGACCAAGCUCGAGCUCACUCCCUGUGCAGCGCUGCCCUGGUGGCCAUGAAGGCUGCGCUGAAGAAGCAAACAAAUGAUCUAGAUAUGACUGCUCUGUGGCUGAAAAAUGUUAGUCUAUUGCAUGACCUGUUGGUCCAGCACUCCUCGAAACAGGGUCUGGAGUCAGAUGACAUGGUUCCCAUGACAACCGACCUGAAGGACCUGAUCCGUUCCCUGAGUGACCUCUGUAUCCAGGCCUAUCAGCAGCUGCUGUCCAUUACUGAGACACGGCUGCAGAAACUCAUAGUCCCAGCGCUUCUAGAGAGCGAGACCAUUGCCGGUCUGUCCGGCUCUGCUGUGAAACAGGUUGUAUCCAGGAGACGGGCAGGCUCAGACCCUCGACCGGUUGGAGCCGACGCUCCCACCAUGGCGUCCGUGUUGAGGCAGCUCAGAACCCUCCACUCAGCCAUGAGCCGCCAGUCCCUGCCCCACAGUCUGACAGAGCAGGCUUUUAAGCAAAUGACCUACCUCAUCUGUGCCUGUGCUCUCAACAACCUGCUGCUGAGGAAAGACGUGUGCUCCUGGAGUCGUGGCAUGCAAAUACGCUACAAUGUCAGUGUUCUGGAGGAAUGGCUGCGCAGCCGUAGUCUGCAGGCAGGUGGCGCUGUGGCCACACUGGAGCCUCUCAUCCAGGCAGCUCAGCUGCUGCAGGUGGGGAAAAAGACUGAUGCAGAUGCUCAGGCUAUAGUCCGGACCUGCACUGCUCUCUCCAGCACCCAGAUUAUGAAGAUUCUGACCCUGUACACUCCUCACAGUGACCUUGAUGAAAAAGUCUCUAUAAAUUUCAUCCGUAGCGUCCAGGAGCUCGCCAAAGGCCGUUCUGACAGUCAGCCUCCGCAGCUCCUGAUGGACGUGAGAAGAGUGUUCCCUGUCACUUUUCCCUACUCACCUCCCACUGCCCUCAGUGCAGAGGAAUUAGUCAUCCCAGACUCCCUCAAGAUCUCUUUUCUACGCAAAGCCUAAAAGUGGAGCCACAUAUUUGCCCUCAAAAAUUAAACAAGCUUUCUGGGAUUCUCUAAAAUGUCCAACAAACUGCUCAUUAUUAGUUUAAAAGGUCUCAGGUUAAAAACAUUCCUGCAAAAGAAAUUUAUCCAAGAUUAUUAAUCUUUAUUUUGUUUUUUGUAGCCCUAGACGGGCACUUGUGAAUAAUGACAAAUGAGGACCCAAAAAAGACGGAUAAUAAGUAAGAAAGCCUUCAGAUAAAUAAUUUGAUAAUCUUUUCUCUGAGAGAAAAAGGCCUGGCAUUUGAAGCUGAAUUGGGUAAAUAUAAAAAGUUAAAAACUACAGAACCUCUGACCCCAAAAGUACCUAAAUAAGUAGUUUUUUCUCUUUAUUCUUUACUCACAAGGCAUAAAACAUGUCUGUAC